UCCUUUCUCUUCCACGGGAGAGGGUUUUCCGACCGUGCCGGUGGGCGCGUGCGGGCGAAUGGUAAGCGUGCUUAAAUUUCGAGGGCUUUUUGUUGCUCCCAAGAAGGGCAGAGGCGGCCCGGCACAGUCUCGCGGCCGAGUCCCGACUUCUCCGCGCCGCCUCGCUCCGGAGCUCGCGCUCGCUCUUUGUCGCCGUCGGUUCUGCGCGAGAUCUGGGAUGGAGGCGGAGACGACCACCUAUAUGUUUGGGCCGUACAAGAUCGACCGCAGCGAGGUGUUCUACUCCACCCCGCUCUCCUACGCCAUGGUCAACCUCAGGCCUCUUCUCCCUGGUCAUGUGCUUGUAUGCCCAAGGCGUGAAGUGAAGCGCUUCGUUGAUCUCAGUGCUGAGGAGACUAGUGAUUUAUGGCUUACUGCAAAAGAAGUUGGUGGCCGUCUUGAGUGUUAUCAUGGGGCAUCCUCACUGACAUUUGCAAUUCAAGAUGGGCCUCAGGCUGGACAGACCGUCCCUCAUGUGCACAUUCACAUUCUCCCAAGGAAAAGGGGAGAUUUUGAGCAAAAUGAUGAAAUUUAUGAAGCAAUAGAUGAGAAAGAGAAGGACCUGAAGGAGAAACUUGAUCUUGACAAGGAAAGGAAAGACAGAACAUCCCAAGAAAUGUCUUGUGAGGCUGACGAAUAUCGAGCUCUCUUCUCAUAGGAAUUUCAGUUACUCAUUAAACAUGAUGAGAUAGCACUUUGGAAAUAAUAUGCAAGGAUGAGGACAGUGAUGGAAAUAUCACAUCAUUUCUGUUGUGUGAUGCAUGGGAUCCUGACCAUUCUUUUGGAUUUUAAAAAUCCACAAGCAAAAUUGUGAGAGUUUGUUAUAUUUGUGUUUUGGUUAAUUAUUCCUUCAGUGGAAGCACAACAAUAUGUUGGAUUGUAUUUUAACCUCUAUUGAUGUCUUAGUGGCACAUUCUCCUAUUCAAGGAAUGUAAUUUGACUGCUGAUAUGCUCGGUCUUAUAUUAUCACUUUUUCCAUGCA